AUGACAUACGACUCCUUCGAGACUUCCAGUGUGGGAUUGGAUGAUAACUAUGACGAUAACGAGGCAGCCAGCGAUCCAUCGUUUCGUUCCGUUCAGCUGCUCAACAUCCCAGAGGAAGCAACAUACGCCGACAUCGCCGCCGUAGUUCGAGGCGGCAUUCUGUUCGAAAUCUCCCUCAUGCGUCGUUCUUCGACUGCAGUCAUCACUUUCGCAGAGACCAGAGAUGCCGAGGCCUACUACACCCACGUACGCAACAACUACCUAUACAUUAAAAACAGAAAAAUCGAUAUCCGCUGGUCAGAUCGCUUCCAAGUCCUCCACGACCACUUCGCCAAACGCAUCGCAAACGGCGCAACCCGCAACCUCGUCCUGCGCAACUGCAACGCCACCCACUCAGAAGCCUCCAUCCGCCACGAUCUCGACCACAUUCACGGCCUCGAAAUCGUUUCCAUCACCUUCUACGGCGGCACGUGCCGCAUCAGCACCAAUUCCGUUCCAAGCGCCAUGUACGCGCGAACCUGCAUGAUGAGCCGGCUCAAGUACAAGAGUUCCCGCCUCGAUUGGGAUGCUGACGAAUGUGCCCAGCCGUUGCGCCAAGUGCCCGUUAUGCCUCGUCUAAAGACACCGUCUCUCGCCGCCCCAGUGCGUCGAUCCGUCUCCUCGGGCAACCGCUUCCAGAUCCUCGCCGCUGAAGAAUGA